AUGCAGUUCUUCAUAUGGAAUAUUCCUAUUGAAAUGUCACUGAUUAUUUUUUUUAUUUUGUCAUUGUUUACUGAUCGACAGAUUUUUCCAAUUAAUGUUUACACUACAGGAUUGAUUUUAGCGAGCGAUAGUGUAGAAGACAAUGCUACUUCCAUUUCAUUAACUAAUUACCGUCCGAAUAUUACACUUGGUAAUAAUAAUAAUAAUGGAAAAGAUGAAUUAAUUUCAGAUAAAUCUAAAAAUGGGAUAUGGGCUGCAUUACCAAAAAAUAUUGAUCUACUACAUUUUCUUCAAGUGAAUACCAAUGACAAGGCGGUUACACAAGGAACUAAUUUACUUCAAAUGGUAACUGAUCAAAGUAAACCUAAAUUUCGAAGAGAAAGUAGUCGACAAAAAUUUUCAUUCAAGCGUCGUAGUUCACAAAAAUAUUUAUUCGAUAACGAUCAUAAUAACAAUAUCAAUAAGAAUGAUCCACUUUAUAGUAAAACUAGACCAAGAUUUCCAAAGGCUUUUAAUUAUGAGAAUUUUACAUGUCCAAAUGAAUGUAAAUGUCAUCAUGCUGAGGUUGAAUGUAAAAAUGCUCAACUGGAAUCUAUUCCAUCAAAUAUACCAUCGUAUACUGAAAAAUUGUUUAUUAUUGGGAAUAACAUUAACACACUGAAUAGUGGCAAUUUACGUGAUCUAAUUCAUUUAAAAACACUAGUUUUAUCAAAUAAUAAAAUUGAACAUAUUGAAGAGAACGCAUUUAGUGAACUUACUAAUUUACGACGUUUGAAACUUAAUUCAAAUUUACUACAAACUCUUCCGGAUAAUAUUUUCACUUCGUUAAAACAAUUACAACGUUUAGAUUUGCAGGACAACAAGUUGGUGUGUCUCCCGGGUUCUCUGUUUUCUGGUUUGAAUGAAUUACGUUUCAUCCUCCUAGCAAGAAACAAUCUGAUAUGGCUGCCUGGAUCGUUAAUUUCCGAUCUGAAAUUACUUCGGUACAUUGAUUUAAAAGAAAAUCCAUUACAAUGUGAUUGUCAUAUUCAACCAUUUUUAAACGAGUUUAUUGUGAAAAAUCGUUUGGCAAUAUUAAAGAAAUCUGGUGCAGUUUGUUCUUCAGUGAGUACAGAUCCAAGUUUACAUGGAUAUCCACUAAGUGAAAAUGUCUAUCAAACACUUCGAUGUCCUCUUGAUUCAGAAAUGGUACAAAAACCUCCACAACAGUGUAUAUCGUUAAUUAGAUCUUCAUGUGAUGGAAUUUGUGAUUGUUCAAUUGAAGGUGUUGCCAAUUGCCAAAGCCGUGGAUUAAAAUCGAUACCAAAUGAUUUACCAAAAGAUAUCAUGGAAUUAAAUCUGGAUCAUAAUGAACUAACUUCUCUGCCAUUGGAUGCAUUUAUUAAUUAUAAAAAUCUGAGAAAAAUUGUUUUAGAUAACAAUCGGAUAUCAUAUAUUCACCCACAAGCAUUCAAUAAUCUUCGAGAACUUUCAUCUUGUAAGUACAUGAGCUCAAAUGAACUAGGCUCACUUCCAUCAAGGUUAUUUUCUCAACUCUCGAAUUUGAAAAUACUAUAUUUACAUCGAAAUAAAAUCUCUUGCAUACAUCGAGGAUCUUUUGCAGCUUUGGAGCACUUACAAAUCUUACAUUUAUCAAAUAAUCGUAUACAGACAUUCCCAGGAAAUAGUUUUGAGGAUCUACGUCGAUUGAAAUAUUUAUAUUUAGUUCAUAAUCCACUUAUAUGUGACUGUCAAUUAGCAGCUUGGUUACCAGCUUUUCUUAUUGAAAAAGAAGCUGGUGGUACACAAUGGGCUAGAUGUGCGGAACCAUUAAAUGUCCAAGGUCGUCAUGUACGAGAAUUAUUACCUCAUAUAUUGGAUUGCCCAAGUAAUAUCAACUAUAAAGAAGAAAAUAAUAGUUGCGAAUUUCUCGAUCAUCAAUGUCCAGAUGGCUGUAGAUGUAAAGAUAUUAUUAUCAAGCCUAGAAUGCAUGCAAAUUCUGAAGCCAUUUUCAGACCAGAUGAAUUUGGAUCAAUUCUUGGUGGAUUAAGUGUUGACUGUUCAGGCUUAGAAUUAACAGAAAUUCCUGAUAAUUUACCAAUAAAUACAAAGGAGCUAAAUCUAAGAAAUAAUUUAAUUAAGUCUAUUACAAUUGAAUCUGGAUUAUCAAAGUUAAAAAGCCUUGAAACACUUAUCAUAGAUGGAAAUGAAAUCGAGCAUAUUGAACCGAUGUCAUUCCGAAACAAUUUAAAUGUUAAAAAAUUAAUUCUCAGUAACAACUCAUUGACAUAUUUGGAAGAAAAUACAUUUAAAGGUUUGAAAAAUCUUGAAAUAAUGUUACUUCAACAUAAUUUAAUUAAAUGCUUGAAUAAUCGAACAUUUCAUCAAACUCCAGUAUUAAAAAUAUUAAUGCUAAACAAUAAUAAAUUAAGAUGUAUCGCGAAAGGAAUAUUUACAGAAUUAAAUCUUGAAUCAUUAAGCUUAAAUGCCAAUCCCUUCAAAUGUGAUUGUCAUCUUAGUUGGCUGCCGGAUUGGUUAAGAAAUAAUGCAAAUCAAGUAAAUGAAGGUCCAUCACCACCAAUAUGUGUAUCCCCAGAAGAUUUAGCAGGUACACCAGUGGCUAGUUUAUCACGUUAUCAUUUUAUAUGUAAAAAUUCUGCUUCCAAUUGCCUAUCUAGUGAAAAUUUACAUUUAAAUGAAAAGUCAAAUACUAAUGAAAAUGGGAUAGUUUCAAGUGUUCAAAAUUUAUACUGUGAUACAAUGGAAACCAGUUGUUGUGAAGUAAUAACAGCUCAAAAUACUUGUCCAUUAAAUUGUUUAUGCGGGACUGAUGGCGUUUAUUGUUCAGAUAGAAACUUAACAGAAAUUCCUGCCAACAUUUCACCUGAAACAACUCAACUCUACUUGGAACGAAAUCAAAUCACGAAAAUUGAUUCCAAUAGAAUAGCCCACUUAAAAAAGCUUCAAACUUUAGUUUUAAGUUAUAACAAAUUGCGUGAACUACCACCACGUGUAUUUGAAAAAUUAAUAAAUCUAAAAACAAUUGUAUUGAGCUAUAAUAACUUGCAAUGUAUUCAUCCAGAAGCUUUUCAUGGCUUAUCCAAUCUCCGAGUUCUAAUACUUCAAGGGAACAAUAUCUCUAGUGUACCACAGGGUACAUUUAAUGAUCUUGGUCAACUAAACAAUGUGGCACUUGGUCAAAAUCCUUUACAUUGUGAUUGUACAACCAAGUGGCUGAAUAGUUUCUUUCGGCAAAAUUUCCUAGAUAACGGAAUCUCCUUGUGUCAUAGUCCUUCAAAUAUGAGGUUAAAAUCGAUAUAUCAUUCAAAACCUACAGAUUUUAUCUGUCCAUUGAAGCAACAACAUGAUCCACAAAACGACGUAAAUACAAGUUCACUAGUAAAUGGAAACGAAAAUCUUCUUUACUUCCAAAAUGCGAAAAUAUCAUUACCUAAAGACCAGCACAACCAUCAAGAUCAAAUCUCAAAUUCAGAGUCAAAUCAAGAGAUUUUUAGCAAAGAAAAAGAAUCCUUGUUAAUUGCUGCCAAAUGUAUGCCAUGUUUAUUGAAUCCAUGUCAAAAUGGUGGAACAUGUUUAGCAUUGACUCAGUUGGAUUACAAAUGUUCAUGCAAACCACCAUAUUACGGCAAGAAUUGUGAGCAAAGAGAUCAUAUAUGUUCAACAAAUCCAUGUCAAAAUGGUGGUUUGUGUAAAAUUACAGCUUACCCAAGUUCAUACAAAUGUAUCUGCCCGACAGGUUUUUAUGGACCAACGUGUACCAGACAAAUGGAAACCUGUAAGCAAAAUGUUUGCGAAAAUGGAGGGACAUGUGAAGUCUUAGAUAAUGAUUAUCGAUGUCAUUGUACAUCUCUAUUUCACGGUAAAAAUUGUCAACAUGAAUAUAUUUAUUGUGAAGAAUUGAAUCCAUGUGGAAAUGGUGGAAAGUGCAUUAGUUUGCCAAAGAAUAAUUACAGAUGUGAGUGUUUGGCUGGAUGGAUUGGAAAUGAUUGUCAAAUAAAUCAAGAUGAUUGUGUAUAUAAUAGAUGUGAAAAUGGUGCUACUUGCGUAGAUGGUAUCAAUGAGUAUAUAUGUAAAUGUCGUCCAGGAUAUGCAGGUAUUUAUUGUGAAAGGCCAACUUGGAAACAAUCAACUUAUGUAACACGUAUGGAUAGACCGUUGAAUUAUCAAUUAGUGAUUGGACGUACAUCUGUUCCUGGAGUAAGACAAUCACCAAUAAAAACUCGAUCACUAACAACACAAAAUCUGGACACACUUUGUGCCUAUCAACAAUGUCAAAAUAAUGCUAAAUGUGUUGAAAAUCAGAAUGAUGUGUAUACAUGUAUUUGUCAAAAAGGUUUUUCUGGCCAAUUUUGUGAAAAUUUAUUCGCCAUAAGUCUACCAAGCCCUCAUUCCUACGUGGCAGUUGUACCACCAAGUAGAGGUGCAUUAGUACCAAGUGGAACAAUAAGUUUUGAAAUGGCCACAAGAUCAACUAAUGGAAUUUUGUUGAAUUUCAUUGAUACAAGUUUAAUAAAUAAUUCGGAUGGUAUUCCUGAACAUUAUUUAUUAGUCGAUUUGCAUGACGGACGAAUUCAUGUUAAAUUCUCAUUAAAUCGAAAUUACACUGCUCAUAAUGUGAACUGUAAUGUAAAUAUAAAUGAUGGUAAUUUUCACCAAAUUAAGUUAUAUCUAGAAGCCGAGAUUCUGUUUCUUUAUAUUGACAAUAACUUAUGUAUAACUAUGGGUAAAGUUAGUACAAAGUUGAAUGAAUCAAUAAGUAACCAUGGUCACAAUAAUCCAAUGCAUUCAUCUUCAAUAUUCACAUAUAAUAUGGUAAUUAAAUCGCAACAUUUGGCUUUAACAAGCCCAUUAUAUUUUGGUGGCGUACCAGCUGAUCAAUUAGAAAUAGCACGCCAUCUGACAAAUGGAAUAUCUGAACUAGGACUAACCGGUUGUAUAAGGAAUGUACAAAUUAAUGGUCGAAUGAUUGACUUUGCUCGUCUUUUCGGAGCACCAGUGGACAAAAUGACUGUGGCAGAAGAACAUGACACCGAUUCAUCUUCACCAGAAGCUAAACAUCAUGGGACCGCAAUCGGAAUAUUGCCAGGGUGCAGACUAAACAAUGAAAAAUCAGAAUAUACGGAGUCUGCUGCAGAAUUUCAGAUAAAUAAUAAUGAGAGUGAAAAACUGAAGUCGAUUAACUUUAAUAUGAACGAAGAGUUAGCGACCAGAAAAAUUGAACCAUUGAAAAUAGGACAGUUACAUUAUACAAAAACCAAUGAUAAUCCAACUUCUGCGAUCCUCAUGGAAAUAAUCCAUGUCUUAAUGUGUAAAUGCCCAAAUGGUUACAAAGGAGAAAGAUGUGAAAUAGUACCUGUUUGUCAUCGUGAAACCCAGCGUUCAUAUAUUCGUGAUCCUCAAACUAAUUGUAUUUCAUCAAGAAAACUAUCAAUCCGUAAGUGUUCUGGUUCUUGUGAUUCAACUAUCAUAAAAUUCCAACAACAACAACAGGAAUUAUUCAGUAGUGAGAAUGAUAUUUCAAAUGAUUAUGAAUCCUUAAAAUAUAAAUGGAAAGCAGUUCAUAAACGAUCAACUAAUUCUGGACGUGUUUGGUUACCACAGAAUUUAGUAAAUAAACAAUCACAUAUGAUAAAAAUGAAAGAGUCAAACUCUCCUUACUUAGUACAUCUUAAUUCUUAUAAGACUACUCCAUCAAUGACAAAACAACACUGUUGUCAAGCUACAAAAAUCAAAUUACGUCCAAUAUUAUUUAAUUGUCCUAAUGGUGCUGUUUAUGAACGAACAAUAAAAUUAGCAAGAAAAUGUACUUGUGUUCAAUGUGAUUGA